AUUAGCCCAGAUUAGUGACAUUCGGAAUCGGAUCCUAUCCUGAACCCGAUCCAACCAGACCAUUUAGCCGGCUUUGGAUCCCUCCAUUUCAGGGUUUGGUCUUCAAUACGGGGAAGAAGCAAAGCGAAAGAGAAAGGAGAAAAUGGCGAUGAGGAAGGUGUACAAUGAGAUAAAGGGGAAGCAGGUGAAGGAGAUUCCUGGCUUAUUGAAGCCGGUGCUAACCCCGAAAUUCUGGAACGAAUCUGCGCAGAAGUGGCUGGAUAACUACCACGCCAAGAACAUUCAGACCAGCUCAAUCCAGCCUCUCUACCAUGUCUGCUUCGGUGGCAUGAUCUUUUCCUACCUCGUUGCCCUCCCGGAGGAACGCCGUCACCUGGACCACCAGCAGCACGCCAAGGAGCACGGCGACAGUCACCAUUGAUUGAUCGACUUUGUUAUUCGGUCAACAAAGAAAAAAACAAACUCCUUGGGUUGGCUUAGUGACCAUUGGCAUCCACAAUGUUUCAGUUGUAAUUUCUUGCUACUAUAGGCAGAAUUACUGUCUUUGUUUAUGAAUUGCUGCAUUAAGUGAUAAAAAUAAAGAACAUUUGACCAUGAUGGAGAAUUUUUAGUAUUUUGUGUUUUUAUGUGAAUGGAUAUCAGGAAAACAUAAAUGUUUUUUCGCUUUGAUGCUUUGUUUUGAUAUCUAUAUUUCAAGGGAUAAUAACAAGCCAUGCUGCAA